AUGGAAGAAUCUCAUCUCAAGCUGGACGGCCACGACGGAGUCCCCGGGGUGAAAGAAGGCCCGGCAACGGAACACCAUGCCGGCGCUCAUGACGACUUCCUCGCUACUCAUCCCUCCUCACGUCCCGACGCUUCCGCGGGUCCAGAAAUCCACCAUCGACACCAAGAUUCUCGUCGCCAUCACAAACCCCGCAAAAUCGUUUUGUGUUUUGAUGGAACCGGCAACAAGUUCCACGGCGAUGACAGCGACAGCAAUAUUCUUAAGAUUUUCCGCAUGCUGGACAGGACAAGCAGCGAUCAAUAUCAUUACUACCAGCCUGGAAUUGGCACAUAUGUCGUCUCCCACAGCCUCUCGCACACGGGGACUGUGGCCAGAGUCAAGUCAUGGUAUAUAAAGGCCAAAGAUUCUGCCAUCGGCUCUUCCUUCGACCAGCACGUCGUUGGCGGCUACCGCUUUCUGAUGCGCUUCUACAACCCCGGAGAUGAGAUCUACAUUUUCGGCUUCUCCCGCGGCGCCUACAUCGCUCGCUUCCUGGCCGAGAUGCUGGAUUACGUCGGCCUGCUGUCCCACGGCAACGAAGAGAUGGUCAUCUUCGCCUGGAAAUCCUUCUCGAAUUGGCAAAGCCGCCAGGCCAACCACACGCCCGAGGGGAUAAAGAAGAAGAAGGGGAUGUACGAGUUCAUGAAGGGCUUCCGCGAGACUUUCUCCCGCCCGGUUCGUCGCAUCCGCUUUCUUGGCCUCUUCGACACCGUCAACAGCGUGCCCCGCUUCGAGACGGCGUGGAUGCAGCGCAGCAAGUUCCCCUACACAGCCCGAACCUCGGCCAAGGUCAUCCGGCAUGCCGUCAGCAUCGACGAACGCCGGGCCAAGUUCAGGCAGGACCUGAUCUAUCAGAGCCACGACCGCUGCCAGAAAUCCAAGCACCACGGCAGCGCCUACAACAAGCUGCGAGAGAUCAGAGAGGCGCAUGGCAGGGGGAGCCGCGUCGCCAACGAGAAGACUCCGGACGUCAGGGGCCGCCGCCGGCGAGCGGAGCUGGAUGUUCCAGACACCCCGGCCCCGGCCCCGUACCGUCCCCGGUCACGCUCAGCGCGGUCGCACCAGACAGCCGAGAGCGUCUUUCACGACGGCAAGUCGGUGCUCUCCGUUGCUCCGCAUCCCCACGACGAGGACCACGACGUCGAGUCUGCGGCCGAGUCAGAGGACGAGACAGACCAGGACAUUGACGAGGUUUGGUUCGCGGGUAAUCACGCCGACGUCGGCGGCGGCUGGGAAGUGCUGGCCGAUUCCAAACCCGCAAGCCACGUCCCCCUCGUCUGGAUGGUCCACGAGGCCAUGAAGGCCGGUCUCAACUUCGAUCCCGACAAGGUCCGCGAGAUGGGCUGCGCGGAAGCUCUCGACGAUAUUACAUGCAUGACAUCCGCGGAUGCCCGGGAGAACGGACAACGGGCCACCGACGGUGCCGCCGAACGGCCCCCGAUUCCCGACAUUGUGGUCCGUUCCCCGAACACCAGCACCCCGAAGCUCUUCCAGCGGGCCGGCUUCGGCAAGAAUACCAACAGAGCGACCAACUCCACCAGCAACAGUAGCAGCAGCAGCAGCAGCAGCGCGGGCGAGCCACCGCUGACCUUCAAGGAGAUGAUGCACAGAGCCUACGUCGCACGCAUCCACGACUGUCUCAAGUUUGGCGGUGGCCUGAGUUGGUCGUCGGUGUUGGGCUGGAAGGUUAUGGAGUACCUCCCCUUCCGCCGCAUGGACCUGCAAGAGGACGACACGUGGAAACCCAUCCGCUGGCCGCUUCCGUGCGGCGAGGUGCGCGACAUCCCCGCCAACGCCCGCAUCCACAGCAGCGUCAUCCGCCGCAUGCAGCUGGACGGGUCGUACCGGCCAGGCAACCUGAUCAUCGGUGGCGGCGGCCGGGGUGUCAGGAAGGCGCCCGAGGAGAAUGGCAUCGGGGACUGGGUCUGCGUCGACAGGGAGGGCUGCCCGAUCGGCGAGGUCUGGAUGAGGAGGGAUGCCUUUGAGGCGAUGCAGCAGAACGGAUAUAGGGAGAAGAAGCAAUGA